AUGCUCCCGCUACUGUGGUCGAUCCCUCCGAAAUUGUCCAGCGACCACAUCCGCCACCGCUCCCCGCCGCCGCCCUCAUCCGCCUCCUCCAUCUCGAACCGGAACAUGAAGCUCGCGUGCCCAAAUUCGGGGGCGGCUGUGGGCGGCGCAGCCGCCCCCGCCGCCGCCGCCACGUCGAUGGGCUCCCUGUUGAACAGCCAGCUGUGGACGUCCCACGAGACCUGCACCUUCCCGCCGCCGUCCACCGCCACCUUCUCGUUCCCCCUGAACUUCCACCGGAGCCGCUUCACCUGGAUCACCUUCUUCCCAUCGACGGCCACCCACAGCUUUGCCUCCUUCUCUCCAGCGGCGGCGCUGCCACCGAGGUCGAUCAGAAUCUCCCUCUCCUUCCCCCCGAAGCUCGCCCUGGUGGCGUAAAUCCUACCGGAACCGGGGAAGACGACGUGCUCCCUCCUGGAGAGGAGCACCGCCCUCCCGGCCCUUCCCCUCCGAGCUUUGCUCCUCUUGUAGGCCUCCGCCUCCAUGUCCCCCGCCGCCAGGAACAUCUCGCCGUUGACCACCACGGCGACAAAGAACCCGCUGGAGGGCUCGGGGCCGCCGCCGGCGGGGAAGCGGGCCCGCGUCAAGUCCCACGAGAACUCGACCCCGUGGCUGUGGAACCCCUUCGAGCCUCGCCGCUUCCAGAGGAGCCACGGCCGGAGACGGAACCGGAAGGAGGCGGCGGCGCCCCCGCCGGCAGCGGCGACGGCGAGGCGGAGCUCGACGCGGAGGGAGAGCCCGAGGACGGUCCGGGACCAGGUGAGCGCCGCCAGCCCCAGCGGCGUCUCGUAG